UCAAUUUAGAGAGUCUGUAGAAAAUUUCGAAGGAAGAAAAACAAAUAAACAAUUUUUACAGUUAGAAAAUGAUAUAAAUGAAUUACAAAGUCAAAUUAAUGAUUUGAACUCAUUAAAUAAUCUCAACCAAGAAUCUUAUUUUACUGAACAACUUAAUUUACUUUUGGAAAAGUUGCACAGGAGAGCUCGAAAUUGCCCUGAGGGGAUAACUUGUGAUGAUGAUGAACCAAACCAGAUCAAUAAUAGAGAACUGGAAUUGAAAAAACACAAUGAGGUUUUAUUAAAAUUAAAAGAAAUGCCAGUGAAAAUAAGUAAAUACAAACAAGAAAUAGAAGUUUUUAAGGGUGGAAAAGAUGACCUACAAUUCUUUAACAUAGAUAAAUUACUUAGACACACAUUAUUGGAAAUAAGAAACAUUACAUCUGUGGAUACAAAUAUAACUAAACAGAAAUCUUACUAUAUUGUUCAGUUAAGAAUACUUAUAAAUGAGUUAAUUAAAAAAGUUGAACAAAAUGAAAAAGAAGAAAGCUUUUCUAGAUUAACUGGCAAAUCUUCCGGCACCUCCAAUAUUCAAGGUGAUAUGUGCACUUCAAUUACUUCUGGCAAACAAUUCGUAAAUGAAUGCAAAAAUGAAUUCCAAACUUUAGAUUUUGACAAUCUUAAAAGUCCAUCUGGGUUAAUAACUUUAGUUGACACUGACACUGAAGAUGCAUAUCAUUCCAAGAAACUUGAUAGACAAAUGUGUGUUUUAAGUAGUACUGAAUGUGAUAAGAGUCUUAAAAAUCAAUUGAUAACUCACACGUCAGAUUCAAAUUUAUUUGAUGACAAGAGCAGUGAAUUAAUUUCUAUUAAUAAGAAUUAUAUAAAUGAAAGUACAAAGAACAAGCUGGGUGAAGGUGAUUUAAUAGAAGAAAAUAUCUCUAAAGAAACAAAGCCUAAUAAAAUAAGUUCGUUCAUCCCAGAUCACACUUUGAUUAAUAAUUAUCACAUGGAAAUUAUAAACAAAGAAGAUUGUUAUGAUUUAAUUGAAUAUAGAAAAAUAAUUAACAGAACUGAACCAAAUUAUUUUACAAAUGAAGAGGUCAUAGAAACUUCCUUUCAACAUAAUUCUGAACUUAAAAAUAAAUAUGACGAACCUGAAGCUAAACAACUUUCACCUUUUUACAAUGAUUCUUCACUUACACUUGAUUCUAAACAAGUACUUAAUAAUAAUAAUAAUAAUAAUAAAGAAUCUCAUUCUAGUUGGUUGGAAAAUAAUUGUUUAGUUAACGUUGUUACAUCAAAUACGCACCAAAAUGAUGAAGAAGCGAUAAGGAAAUUCCAUUAUGUAACAUCUAAUUUUAGUGAGGACAAUUUAAAGGUUGAACCCUUAAUUGAAAAUGUAUGUAACUUUGCUGAUCAAGCAUAUUCUGAAAAUAAUAAUGGAUUGGAAAAUAAAGGCAGUAAUUUAAAUGAAAACGAAUGUGAUAAUUUCCCAGAAAGCUUACCAAAUGUUGAAGAUACAUACACAGCUAAAGAAGAAAUAGAUGAAGACAGUUUUAAUUAUUUUAAAUCGAUAUAUAAUAUUAACAAUGAGGAAGAAGUGAAAAAUGAAGAGGGAGCAGUUUGUAAUUACAAUAGUCAAUCAAAAAUUGAACAUAUGUCUCCCUUCAAUGAUGAAACAUAUUUAUUUAACAGCAAUAAUAAUGAAUGCGAGUAUAAAUUAAGUGAAUAUGAAAACAAAGAGACAUCAACAACACUUAAAAAUUUUGAAGAUUCUGAUCAUUUAAAUACAGAUAUUCUGAAUCAUGAAAUAAGUACAAACGAAGGUGGAACAUCUCUAAAUGAACGCAAACAUAUUGAUAUAUUAGAAAAUAACGAAUAUAUACCUUCAGUUAUUCCCAAUAUUGAAAUCACUUCAUUAUUUUCACAGAGUACACCACUAAAUUACAUUAAGCCUUUUUCAGUAGCAGAUAGGAUCACUCAAAUUAAGUUGGACGUUGAGAAAUUAGGACAAAAAAUUUCUGAUUUUGAAGGUGAAUCAGAAAUUGAAUAUUAUAUUCUAGAUAUAUGUUUAAUGGAUAAUUUAAAAAGGAUAAACAGUGUUGACACUAACAAUUCACAUGAACUUUCCGAAGUGAAAAGAAAAAUACUUUUGCGAAUUAAAAAAUUGGAUAAAAUUUUACAAUUUAAGUAUACAUUUUUAAGACAAUUUUAAAUCUAAAAUUAAGUCAU